CAUACUAGAGCAAUGAAUCAUUUUCUGUUACUAUUUUCUAGCCACAUUUAUUUUUACUUGAUUGCCAACUUUCCAUCUUAGAACCACUUGUUGGGUCAUAUCUCAUAAUUCUCUAUAUAAAUUAUAAGAUUUAACUGCAUAUCCCUCUUCUCUCACACAAACACAAAAACCAUACAUAUACUCCAAGACAAAGAAGAUGGACAAUAUGCCGUUAUGUGAAGCAAACAACGUUCCUCUAACUCCCAUAACGUUCUUGAAGAGAGCUUCCGUAUGUUAUCCCAAUCGAACUUCCAUAAUCUACGGACAAACUCGUUUCACUUGGCCUCAGACCUAUGACCGUUGUUGUCGUCUUGCUGCUUCUCUCCUAUCUCUUAACAUCGCCAAGAAUGAUGUCGUAUCUGUUCUGGCCCCUAACAUACCGGCCAUGUACGAGUUGCACUUUGCCGUUCCCAUGGCUGGAGCUGUCCUCAACCCUAUUAACACCCGUCUCGAUGCAAAUUUUAUUGCUUCAAUCCUCCGCCACGCUCAGCCCAAGAUAUUAUUCGUAGACCGCAAUUUUGAGCCCUUGGCUCAAGAAAUCUUCCAUCUACUACCAAAUGAAGACACACAACUGAACAUGAAUGUCAUAUUCAUUGACGAGACCGAUUUCUCUAAAAGGAAUUUGUCGAAGGAAUCAGACUACGAAAGUCUCAUCCUUAGGGGAGAACCUACGUCAUCUUUGGUCACACGUAUGUUUCGUAUUCAAAACGAGCAGGAUCCAAUCUCGUUGAACUACACGUCGGGUACUACAGCCGAUCCGAAAGGAGUUGUUGUUAGCCACCGAGGAGCAUAUUUGAGCUCUUUGAGCGCCAUUAUGGGCUGGGAAAUGGGAACCUUCCCGGUCUACCUUUGGACCCUUCCUAUGUUUCAUUGCAAUGGAUGGACGCUCACUUGGUCGGUGGCAGCGCGUGGGGGCACUAACGUGUGCAUCAGGCAUGUUACUGCCCCAGAGAUCUAUAAAAACAUAGAACUGCAUGGUGUGACGCAUAUGUGUUGUGUUCCUACGGUCUUCAGCAUUCUCCUACAUGGAAAUCCGAUUGAUCUGUCAAAAAGAUCUAGGCCAGUUCAGGUUUUGACUGGAGGCUCAUCGCCACCCGCUACACUUGUAAAGAAAAUCCAGCAGCUUGGGUUUCAAGUGAUGCAUGUUUAUGGGCUUACAGAGGCUACCGGUGCGGUUCUUUUUUGUGAGUGGCAAGAGGAGUGGAACAGACUUCCAGAGAAGCAACAUAUGGAGCUGAAGGCAAGGCAAGGGGUAGGCAUCUUAGGCCUAGCGGAAGUUGACGUGAAAAACACAAAUACUCACGAGAGUGUCCCAUGCGACGGGAAGACGAUGGGAGAAAUUGUCAUGAAAGGAAGCAGCAUAAUGAAAGGGUAUCUAAAGAAUCCCAAAGCUACAUUUGAAGCGUUUAAACAUGGUUGGCUAAACACGGGAGACAUAGGUGUGAUUCAUCCUGAUGGGCAUAUAGAGAUCAAAGAUCGGUCCAAAGACAUCAUCAUCUCGGGAGGCGAAAACAUCAAUAGUGUUGGAGUCGAGAAUGUUCUUUACAAGCAUCAGAAAGUGCUAGAGGCCGCGGUCGUGGCCAUGCCUCACCCUGUGUGGGGUGAAACGCCUUGUGCAUUCGUUGUCAUAGAAAAAGGAGAUAAUAAUCAAAGAGUCCGGGAAGAAAAAUUGACGAUUGGAGAAAGAGAUUUGAUUGAGUAUUGUCGUGAAAAUCUUCCUCAUUUUAUGUGUCCCAGGAAGGUUAUGUUCUUGGAAGAACUGCCAAAGAACAGCAACGGAAAGAUCCUUAAGCCUAAGCUAAGAGACAUCGCUAAAGGUUUGCUUGUUGUAGAUGACUAUACUGUUAAACCAAUAAAGCUGAUUGCAUGACUUCUCAGUUUUGACUUUUGGCAUCUACAAAUCUCUACACUUGUAUGGUUGAGGCAUAAUUAUUUGUAUGAGUAAUUUUAUUUUAUUUUGUUAAAAUUACACGCUAUAUCGUUCAAGAAUUUUUAAAAAUUAUUUACAGA